CUAAAAGUUUCUUUGAAUGAUUUAAAAAUAUUUUUAUUUAUAAUAACACCGAUUGUUGAAAUUUGAACCUGCUUGAACUCCGAAGUGUUCAUUGCUAAUCAUUUAAUAUACACGUGAUAUAAAGAUUGUCUUCUAUAAUUAAAGCGCUAAAGUGAUGGUAGUUAAUGAAUUAUUUUAAAGAAUUUGUUUUUUUAUACUGGCCGUGCAGGUAAGUUUAAUUUUUAUUAGUUAAGUGUGUAUUCCUUGAAUUUGAAGGUGAAGAAAUUGAGUUUAUUAGACAGUAUAAAAAGUUUAAAAAACGUGAAGAAAUUUCAACUGACGCUCGUCAAGAAAAUAAAACUUUUAUAAAAAAAAUCGCUCUGUAUAGUCGUGACUUUCGCAAUCAGACUCGCUGUUAUCGGCGAAAGGUCACCGGAAUGUCUCAAUAGAACGAAACUCAAACACAAACACAACGAAUUUUCCUCUCGUUUCGAAUGCGCUCGUCGUAAUUUCCGAAAAAUUUUUCUCUCCUCUUUCGCUGCGAUGCCUUUGAAUCCUCCGAAACCGGCGUUGGUGGUGUUCGUGAUCGCGUUCUCGGCGGCGGCGGCGCUCGCCGCCCACCGGCCCACCUUCGACAACAUCCGCGUGACCGUCUCGUCGAAGAAGUUCCCCGACAGAGCGGAAAAGGUGCUGGUGAACUCCGACAGCCUGCAGCAAGCGCUCGCCGCACGCGACGCCGACGCCAUCGACAUCGUGAAAAUCGACGAGGAAUCGCUGCCGGUCCUCUACGAGGGAGCGUUCAGGAACGUCGAUCUCGCGCAACUCACCAUCUCCGAUACUGAUUUGGAGGAGAUCAAGCCCGGCGCUUUCGCCGGCAUGAGGAGAAUCGAUUCGUUGGUUAUCGGCGAGAAUCGAUUGCAAUCGAUACGAAGGGGAGUCUUCGCCAAUCUGACGAUCGCGAAGCUCUACUUGGACGACAACAGCAUCAAGGUGGUGGAGAGCGGCUCGUUCGCCGGCAUGAGGAUGAUCACCACGCUGGUGUUGAGCAUCAACGAGAUUAAGAUUCUGGAACGGGGCACGUUCAAGGAUUUGCCCGAGCUGCAGUCGCUCCGAUUGGAUUUUAAUAAAAUCGAGACCAUCGACGAGGCCGCUUUCGAGAAUUUACCCAAGCUGCAUAGAUUAGAUUUGGAUAAUAAUCGUAUUAAAAGAAUCGACUCUAAUUCGUUCGUAAAUCUCCCGCUACUGGUCGUGCUCCUCUUAGAAACGAACGUUAUCGAAACGAUCUCAUUGAAGGACCUCGACAGUUUGAAAGUGCUCUUCGUUCACGACAAUAACAUCAAGAAAUUAGACAUGGGCAUGUUAGAUGGAUUGAAGAGCAUCAGCAAAGUGAACAUCAGCCACAACGACAUCACGACCAUAGAGGGAGUCGUCAAACGCGGUUUAAACAUGGUCUAUUUCGAUUUGAGCUACAACGACAUCACCGAAGUGCCCGAAGGAGCUUUCAACGGAUCUAGUAUUAGAAAAUUGAGCCUGAACGACAACAAAAUCCGCAAAUUAGCGCCGGCUGCGUUCAAUUCGACACGCACGAGGCGGAUUUUGCUGCAUCGCAACGCCAUCAGGUCGAUCAGAAGCGGCACGUUCGCCAAGAUCGACGUCGACGAGUUGCUGUUGAACAACAACCGCAUCGAGCGGAUCGAGCCGGGCGCGUUCGAGUACUCGAGCUUCCAGAAGAUCGAUCUGGACAACAACAAACUGACGGCGAUCGAACCGGGCACGUUCAAGAACGUGAAAGUGGCGUUUAUUUCGAUUCUGAACAACGCCGGGAUGAACCAGAAGGCGUUCAACAACGUUUCGGACCUGCUGCGGACCGGAACGGAGCCGGCCCGGAUCCGCGAUAGAGAGAAUGUGAUUUUAGAUAUUAAAUAGAUAUUUUAUAUGAUUAAUAAAAGUACGUUGUUUU